UACUAUAAGGUUAAAAGUUCGUAAUUAAUGUCAAACAAAGAAAACACCAAAUUGAAUUUAGUGGUGUAAUAACUAAAGUACCUCUUAAGUAAAUACUUAUUUAUUACACAAUGUAAUUAAUAUCUAUCAAUUGAUUUUUGCUUCUACAUGAAUCUAUAAAUAACCAUUUUGCUAUUCCAACUUUUCUUCAAAGUCUCAUAUAGAUUAAUUCAAUAUGAGUGAUUCCAUGAUGAUAAGUACCCAACAACAUGAGAAUGAGUUAUAUAGCUAUGAAGAUCAAAACAAGGAAAAAGAGUCAUUUGUUUCCCAACUCCCUAAAACCAAAGGAUGGUUAGGAUCUAAUAGUACUCUUUGCUUGUACCAAAACUUUUGGUGUCCACCAACAAUUGUUCCCAACAUAAUUUCAUUCCAAAAUCACUUCCAAGCUCUUGAUGAAGACAUAAUUAUAGCCUCAAAGCCAAAAUCAGGCACCACUUGGUUGAAAGCCCUUUUGUUCUCAAUCGUCAAUAGAGCCAACACCACACUCUCCAACACCCCUUUGCUUAGUUCUAACCCUCAUGAGCUUGUACCCUUUUUUGAGUUUAAUUUGUAUACAAGAAACCAAAAAAAUCCCCCUCUAAUAAAAAAUAUUCCAUCUCCAAGACUAUUCUCCACUCACAUACCUUAUGACUCUUUACCAAAAUCUAUUACAAAAUCGCAGUCUCGAAUUAUCUAUAUAUGUCGAAACCCUCUUGAUACCAUCAUUUCUCAUUGGCAUUUUGCAAAUCAAGCUGAUGAUAGUGAUCAUCUCGACCAUUGUUCUUCAAAGUGGACUUUAGAGGAGUUUGUGGAUGCAUAUUGCAAUGGUGAGGAAGUUUAUGGGCCAUUUUGGAGCCAUAUUCUUGGAUAUUGGAAGCAAAGUGUAGAGAAUCCUCAAAAGGUUAUGUUUUUCAAGUAUGAAGAGUUGAAAAAGGACACUAAAACUCAAGUGAAAAGGUUGGCUGAGUUUGUUGGGUUUCCUUUUUCUUUGGAGGAAGAGGCACUAGGUAUUGUUGAUGAAAUAUUGGAGCUUUGUAGUUUGAAAAAUUUGAAGGAAUUGGAUGUGAAUAAACAUGGAAAAUUCAUGCCAUAUUUUGAAAAUAAAAGUUAUUUCAGAAAAGGAGAAGUGGGAGACUGGAUUAAUCAUCUUAAUUCGGCUACAGUAGAACGUGUUAAAAAACUAGUCCAUAAGAAGUUAAAUUCUUCUGGUUUGAUACUUUAAGCUUAAAUUAUUUUACAUAUUAAUAAAUAAUAAUAACUACAUAAAUGAAAAACAGAUGUAAGUUUUAUUAUCGAACUAAUUUUUAUUUACAUGUUUGGUCCAUGAAAAGUCUAUAUAUAAAUAACUUCUAUUUGGUUGUGUAUUGUAUUAGUGUGUAUCUUUAAAGUAUUUCUAAAAUAAAUAAAAUAAGUAUUUAUUGUGUUA